AUGACUACUGUUGAUUCACGACAACAAUUUAAAUAUGAAUUUAUAGCAGGCAUAUCAUUAAUCAAUCCAAAUAUGGAUACAAAUACAGAACGUCAAACUAUCCAUACUAAAUUAAAAAAUAGACCCAAUUCAAUAUCAUUAUCUGUUUCAAGUGCCGAACUAUCUGAGAAAAAACAAUUAGAACUAAUUGGCUUACAGUUACGACCAAAAACAUCAUCGAAUACUACCGAUAUUCAGUUAAUAAUUACAAAUUCGAAAUCUUCUAUUGCUUCAAAAGUUAAAGUUACCAAAGUUGAUUAUCCAAUGUUACACUUAUCUAGAAGAAUACCUUGGCUGGCAAAGCGAAAAGUACCGGAAAAUAUCAGGUUAAGAUUAGAAUAG